AUGAAUGGAGACAUUGCCUACACUGAUGGACUUGCUGACAGCAGACCUAUUAAUACCAUUGCUACCAACACUUGUGACAAUGGCUACACUCUCACUGGAGGGGGUUUCAGACAAUGUCAGAAUGAUGGGACCUGGAGUGGAACAGCUCCAACCUUGAACACAGGACCCACUGAACCACCCACCACCUGUCCUGACCUCACUGUAUCAGCCAAUGGAAUGAUCAGCUACAAUAUGGGGACUGCUAGUCUGAGACCAGUGGGCACUGUGGCCACCUUGACUUGUGACACUGGCUACACUCUCAAUGGAGUCAGCACCAGGACUUGUGGGAGUGAUGGAGGGUGGAGUGGGUUUGUUCCAAUAUGUCAGCCUAACUGCCGUGACUUACCCUCACUGACCAAUGGGAUGAUUAUGUACAGUGCUGGAUCCACUAACAACAGACCUUUCCUCUCUAGUGUUGUGUACUCCUGCAACACUGGCUACACUCUCACUGGAGAUACCUUUAGGUUGUUCUGUGUGACUGGAGGGAGAUGGAAUGGGUUAGCUCCAAUUUGUCAGCGUAACCUAACCACUGAACCACCCACCACCUGUCCUGACCUCACUGUACCAACCAAUGGAAUGAUCAGCUACAAUAUGGGGACUGUUAGUCUGAGACCAGUGAACACUGUGGCCACCUCCACCUGUGUCAUUGGCUACACUCUCAGUGGAGGUACUUUAAGGGUCUGUGUGACUGGAGGAGUUUGGAGUGGGUCAUAUCCAGUGUGUCAGCCUAACUGCCUUGACUUACCCUCACUGACCAAUGGGAUGAUUAUGUACAGUGCUGGAUCCAGUAACGACAGACCUUUCAGCUCUAGUGCUACACACUCCUGCAACACUGGCUACACUCUCACUGGAGGUACCACCAGGGUCUGUGUGAGUGGAGGGAGAUGGAAUGGGUUAGCUCCAACUUGUCAGCGACCUUGUUCUGAUUUACCACCACUAAUGAAUGGAGACAUUACCUACAGUGGUGGACUUGCUGACAGUAGACCCAUUGCUUUCUUCGCUUGUGACAAUGGCUACACUCUCACUGGAGGGAGUUUCAGAGCUUGUCAGAAUGAUGGGACCUGGGAUGGAACUACUCCAACCUGUCAAUUGAACACAGGACCCACUGAACCACCCACCACCUGUCCUGACCUCACUGUACCAGCUAAUGGAAUGAUCAGCUACAAUAUGGGGACUGCUAGUCUGAGACUAGUGGACACUGUGGUCACCUACACUUGUGACACUGGCUACACUCUCAAUAGAGACACCACCAGGAUCUGUGUGAGUGGAGGGAGAUGGAGUGGGUCACCUCCAACUUGUCAAUUGAACACAGGACCCACUGAACCACCCACUACAUGCCCUAUACUGACUGCUCUGUCCAAUGGAAUGAUCAGCUACAAUAUGGGGACAAUACUAGUGGACACUGUGGCCACCUACACCUGUGACACUGGCUACACUCUCAAUGGAGGCAGCACCAGGACUUGUGGGAGUGAUGGAGUGUGGAGUGGAACAACUCCUAUUUGUCAAGCUACCUGUCCUGACCUCACUGUACCAGCCAAUGGAGUGAUCAUCUACAGCUCUAGUACCUCACCACACCCUCAGGGAACAGUGGCUACGCAGAGCUGCUUGAAUGGAUACGUACCCUGGACCACUACCAGCACUGCUACCAGAGUGUGUAGAGCUGGCAGAUUGUGGAGUGGAUCCUCUUUCACUUGUCAAUUACCUCCUGUCUACGUCUCCAUGGGAACCACCAACUAUGCUGCUAUGAACUCACAGGUUGCCAUAGACACCAUCGGAGAUACCAUUGAGACAGCAUUGACUUGCAGAACUGACUCAACUAUUUGCUGUACAGCACAAGAUAAUCCCAAUAGUGCCAAUGGAUUAGGAGAUUGGCUACUACCAAAUGGAACAGCUGUCACUAGGAGACUGGACAUUACUGAAUCAGACACUGAUCUACUGUACAGUGUUGGAGAUAGAGGUGCACUCAGACUCCAUCGUCGAGGGUCUGUGUCAGGCCCCACUGGCUCCUACUGCUGUGUGAUUCCUGACAAUACUGGAGUAGAAGUGGCAUUCUGUGUGCAGUUAGUGACUGGAGUCAUCACUACCUCUCCUACUCCCGCUACAACCUCUACUGAUGAGAGCUCUCUCUGUCAGUGUGACAACACUGGUGCUGUGGUGGGAGGAGUAGUGGCCCUGGUAGCAAUGGUGGUGAUUGCAGUGACUGUAGUGAUGGUGACCUACCUAGUGCUCCGGCACAAGAGAGGAGGGAUAAUGACUGUUCCUCGAGAUAUCACCCUUACUGACCAGGGUCAAAGUGCAGCCGCUACCUACGAGACCGUGUCUGCCACUUACGAGGAGAUUCCAGCCUCCAGAGAGGUCAAAGGUGACUACAGCUACACACAGAACAAUGCCUACUUGACUGUGAGUGGGCGUGAGGCUCCUGCUGUUGGAGGAAUAUACGAUAACUGAACUAUCACAUGACUCAAGUAGAAAAUAAUUAUGUCUUGAAUUUUAUUUGUUAGUUUGUACAGAGCACACAGUUAUACGUACUUCAUCAGCCCCUCCCCUUCUCACAAUGUGUUUCACCUCAAAAAUUUGAUGGCUUUCCAUGUAAUAUAAUAAUGGGGUACCGUUUGUGUCAAAACACCAUGUGUGCAGUUUAUUGUCAUGAAAAUGC